AUGCAGCCAGCCAAUUUAUCAGCAAGCGGACAAUAUCCAGAGAAACUUUUGACCGUGCAAAUGCAUGUCAGAACUCUAUCCUUUGCAGUAGCUUUCCCUUGCCACAGGAUUUCCACCCCUCAUUACCAAUCCGCGCCCCACUUGCCUCGGCUCAGCCUUACACAUAGCGACGGGCGCUUUACCACAAGUAGACAGCUUCCGAAGCUUGCACAGCGUCAUUUCGCGAUCUCCGUUGGCGAGAAUUCCGUGGAAGGUUCUUCUUUGCGUUGCGGCGCACGGCAGGACAUCGGUGUGUGCCGGUUGCCGUGUUUCGGCGGGGUCGAGGUGGUGUUGCUUGGGAAUGAUGCAAUGCAGGCCGGACGAAUUUGCACUGGUAAGCUAGACGUAUAUGUAGGUGCUCAAGCUGCUGGUUUUGGAUGAAGUAUUUUCCAGUCCGAGUUUUGUAAAAGAAUCUACUUUCCACAACUCCUUCACACACAUACACAUACAUACAUACAUACGUCAAGAUGGUUCAGAACAAGGGCGUCAUUUUCAAGAAGGUGCCAGACGGCUGGCCCGUAGCCGGCGAGCACAUCACCGUCGAGACCCGCGACAUCGACCUCGACCAACAGCUCCCCGAAGGCGGCCUGCUCGUCAAAAACUUCU